UAACCAUUCUUCUUCCAGUACUUCUUGUUAUUCUUCCUCUUGUUCGCAGUGCUCUUCGUGGGUACCAUCCUGGGUUACCUCUUCCAGGACCGUGCCAUGGAAUCCUUCAAAGACUACCUGUACGAGUCGAUGUCCCAGUACGGCCGGCGCCGCAUGAUGACCAUCUCCUGGGACAUGACCCAGGAGGAGCUGCAGUGCUGCGGUGUGGACAGUUUCAUCGAUUGGCGUGACCGUAUUCCGGACUCGUGCUGCCAGGAUGACUACGGCGGUCGCAAGCGGCCCUGCCAGGAGCUGCAAACUUCGUUGACAAUCUUCACCGAAGGUUGCUUCGAUUCGGUGACCAAGGAACUGCUGAUGAAUGCAGGGAUGCUUGGUGUGGCCAGUGUGGGAUUGGCAUUCGCCAUGGUUCCCGCGAUAGUGAUGGCUUACUAUCUGCUGACGGUGAUUUGAAAACGUAUGGGACGGGAGGAGAGUGGCGGCGA